AUGUCUGUAUCGCCAUCUUCAUCUUCGGGGCUCUUGCUGAUAAGUGAUCGGCCUCUCGACACCAUCUUUGAUCGAUUGCCCACUGUUUUUGUACCGAGCUAUGCAGCCACAUUAGGACAUUUGACGGAUGUUGCUCACUCGUAUGAUGAUCUUGAGCACCAAGACUAUGUGGAUGAGCAAUAUACAAGGAUUCCAGAAGAGUACAUUUAUCAAUUCAAGCAACUACAACAUCAACCAUGGCGUUUCUUUUACUUGGACCUGGAUCGUCUUAGUCGAGAAAUCCAAUCAUUGCACCAAUUCAUGCUACUACACGACAACACAUCCAUCAUUGAUCAACAGCAAACCUCGUUUAUUCGCACGCUGGAUGCGGAGCUAGCUAAGGUCAAUGACUUUUAUAGUCUCAAACUCGGGGAAAUACAGCGACGAGUUUCCUUUUGCCAUGCACAGCCUGAAACAAAAAAAGGACGACUGGACACUGAAAUCAACCAUACGCUGCCUAACGAGAUUGCAUUGCUUGCCCAUUUUAGCAAAAGCAACUAUAGAGCAUUGUUUGCUGUGUUAGCUCGUUAUGAUUCUCAGGUGCUUUCUUUACAGCGCCAACGUCAACCUGUACUACAAAAUCAAUUGUAUCGACUUGUUUCAAGCAAGCUCUUUUAUCGACCUGCCGACCUGCUUGAAUUGAUGUCCUCCCUAAAUAAGCUUCACAAAGCUAUGCGCUCAGUGCAUGUUUCUUUACCGACGCAAGAUUCGCUACUUUCAAUACCAGGGAUGACAUCUCCCGAUGAUGAAUUACGUCAAGUGCCUAACUUUACAAGCAUCUACAUUUCGCCAACAUCCGAAGCAGCCGAUAGCACACCUUAUCUCCCACCAUCACCAGCCCUUUCAUCUGAUGAAGAAGAAAGAUCGACAUACACAGCAUCAUCAUCAGGUGAUUCAUGUAUUACGGGUGGAUCAAGCGAUGGCGAGCAACAACGACAUGGGAUGAUUUCAGUACAACAAUUUUGGGUGCAUCCUGAUAAUCUGGUAGAGAUCAUGCUUCAUGUUGGCAAAUACCUUGAUAUUCAAGACACCACCCUUCCACAAGCACAAACAGACACCGUGACAACCAACAACCCUCAUUAUUCUCAUGGCAUUACGACCUUGCAUCUCGACACACCCCAAUUGACAAGUUACACAGAACGUGCGGUGGCUAGUGACAAUGGCAAAUCUCAUGCAGCAUCAACAGCGCUUCGUAUAAGGUGGUAUCAUCAAGAGCAGCAUACUACCAGCAAUAAGCCUGUGGUGGCCUUAGAAGAAAAAGUGUAUUGUUCUACCAACACGCAUGUCAGCAGUGGUAAACGUCGUAGUGCCACACGCAGGGGUCAUAAGAGCCUUGGUAAAAGUCCUUAUCGACCUUCCUCCAACAACAAUGACAACAAUCAUUUGCAAGCGGCAAGUCUCAAGGAUGGAGCACCAUCAUCGUGCAAGAGUAGACGACAUGUUGGAAGCAAAUCAUACUUUAAGCAUCGAUUGUGGUUUAAAUCCAAGCACAUGGAUCCUUGGCUUGCUGGUGAUUGGUCAUUACGCCAUGUUCUUAGCAAGCCAGAAUGCAAACAUUGGCACCUCUCCAAGAAAAACGUAACUGCUGCUGCUGCUAACAAUGAUGAAGAAACCACUGAGCAAGUAUUGGCAAUGGAAGAAAAUGCUCGUGCAUGUCAUAUGGAACCAGGCAAGUCAACCACGUUGAUGAUGCUUCAUUUCAUCUACUAA